AUGGAAGUCGAUCGUGUGGAAUCUCCCCAACCGCCCCAAAUUCCCGCCUUGGACAUCGCCCCUCCUCUUCCCUCAGAUUUCCCUGCUCCUCCCCUGGCCCCUGCUCAGAUCCUGGAUCUCAUCGUCGAGAGGGAAAAAGCUGUCACUCCUUCCCUCUCUUCACCCGUCACCGCAGAUCGCACGGGUUACAUUUACGACCCGCUCAUGAUGCUCCACGCCCCGGACGAAUACAUUCCUACCGACGCAAAAGUCGACUCCAGUGAUGGUCAUCCAGAAGAACCUAUGCGGAUCAUGCGGAUAUUCGCGAGAUUGAAUGAACAGGGAUUGAUCAGAAGGAUGAGAAAACUCAAUUUUCAUCAAGUCACAUUUGAGCAGGUCAUGCUUGUGCACACGGAAGAUCACUGGAAUAAGGUGCAGGGCACGGAGACUCUGACGGACCAAUAUAUCAAAGAUAGCAAAUAUUACUACGAUCAAUUAUCACUCUAUGUUUGUCGACAGACGGCUCAUUGCGCCAGAUUGUCAUGUGGAGGGGUCAUCCAAGCUUGCAUAUCUGUAUGCAAAGGAGAAGUCAGAAACGCCUUUGCUAUUGUUCGUCCUCCUGGUCAUCAUGCUGAACCGGACGAGCAUAUGGGGUUCUGUUUCUACAACAACGUAGCCGUGGCAACAAAGGAGGUGCAGAGAUUAGGUCUAGCGAAGAAGGUUUUGAUUUUGGACUGGGAUGUUCAUCAUGGUAAUGGUACACAACGUGCGUUCUGGGAAGACCCAGAUGUCCUCUAUAUGUCCAUUCAUCGACAUGACGGAGGUAAAUUCUAUCCCACAUCAGAUUUUGGCGCUCUCGAUAUGGUCGGUUCAGGUCCAGGGGAGGGCAAAUCUGUCAACAUUCCUUGGCCCAGCGGAGGAUUUGGCGAUGGCGACUACAUAUAUGCGUUUCAGAAGAUUAUCAUGCCUAUCGCUUAUGAGUUUGCGCCUGAUCUUGUCAUCAUCUCUGCGGGUUUCGACGCAGCCAAGGGCGAUCAACUGGGAGCGUGUGAGGUCACUCCGGCCGCUUAUGGCCACAUGACCCACAUGUUAUGUGCCCUAGCAGGAGGCAAGGUGGUCGUGGCGCUGGAGGGCGGAUACAAUCUGACAGCUAUUUCCGACUCAUCACUCGCCGUCGCUCAGGUCCUGCUUGGUCACACCCCACCGGACCUUGAACCUCUCGAAGCGUCUGAGGUGGCCACGGAGGUGAUGCAUCAAGUCGCAAAGGUUCAGUCGAAGUACUGGAAGUCAAUUGAUGUGAAAGCGUGUGAGCCUCCUGAAGUGGAAACCAUGGAUGAUAUAGCACCUGUCAUAUCCAUCGCCGACCUCCUCAAAAUACAUCGAGCUCAUCAUCUGUACGAUCAUCAUCAACUCUUCCAAAUCCCUCUGGCCAGUCAAGCGCUAGAAGAAGCAUUUGGUGGGCAAAUAUCGUGCAGCGAAGGGGUGUACGAAGUGGGCCCAAAAGGCGUCUUGGUGGUAUUUGUGCAUGACUUCGGCAAUUUGAGAGUUGAAACAGAUGGAGUUCAUACGACCAAUAUACACCUCACCAAUAGCUACCUCUUGGACACGAGCGAUUUAAUUGUCAAUUGGGUCAAAUCAAAUGGGUAUAAUCUCAUCGACGUGAACAUCUUGAAGCAGCUUCCCACAGAGUUCACCCGUACAUCAGUAUCAGUGGCAAAGUCAUCACCAAAGCUUGAAGGGCAGCUGGUGAGGUAUCUUUGGGAUAAUUACAUAGAACUCUCAGAAUGUGAGAAAGUUGUAUUGAUAGGUCAUGGAACGGGUUGCUCGGCGGUGAUGGAGUUGAUCAAUCAUCGAGAAGUCCAACGAAAAGUCAAAGCCAUCGUGCAAGUUGCAGGAAUGCAUUCGAUGGUCCGGAUAGACCCCAACAACGAGUCUAAAAGAGAAUGGUUCAAAACUCGGAAUCGGAUUUAUCUCCCAUCUGCGCAUCCUAUAUUGCAGGAUGAACGUGCCAAGCGGAGAUUAGGAGGUCAGAUACAUACUGCGGAGAAAGCAAAAGUGGUAGACGUUUUGAACGAAGUUUUAGAACAAAUCAAAGAAUUCGUAGAGUCUAAACUCACCGAUGGCGUAUCUUCAACACUCAACGGACAUGUCCAUACGAAUGGAAUUGCUUCUCAACCAGAAUCAAGAAUAUCACCAUCUGUAUCGCAAUCCGUAUCUUGA